CUCUCUCUCCUCUCUCUCUCCUUCCCUCCCUCCCUCCCUCCCCUUCUCCCCCCCUCCUCCCGUCCCUCUCCCUCUCUCCCUCCUCCAGCCGGUAAAUCCGAUCCAGGCGGAUUCCUCUCACGUCAAACCACAUGAUCCCAUAAAACAUUCAUCCCCUCUCCAGCCCGGCUCGGAGCCCGCAUCCAUCGCCGCGCGUCCCGCCCGCCCGCCCGCCGCGCCCGGCCCCCAGCCCCGCUCACCUGGACACUCCGGCCACCCCCCGAGAGACGGACAGGAAGUCCGCCAGGCUCGAGACCGACGGAGCCCUCCUGCGUCUCCCCCGGGAGCGGGAGCCGAGCUUUGGCCACGUCUCGGCCGGGGCUGAGGGUCACCGCGCCCCCUCCCUCUCUCCCUCCCUCCAUCCCCCGGUGCCUCCAUCCCUUCCUCGCUCGCUGCAUCCCUCUCCGCAUCCCUCCUCCGUUCCCUCGGUCCCUCCGCGCCUUCCUCUUCCCCUCCCGCCGCGGGAGCCGCCGCCGGAGCCGGAGCCUGGAUGCGGACCCCGGCCCCGGGGCGGCUGCGCCUCCUUCGCCCGCCCCGUGGCCCCCGCGGGCCCCACGUGCCCGGCGCCGGGCCCCCGCAGCGGCCGGCCGGACGGACCUUCUGCCCCAGCCGCGCCGCCGCCGCCCCGGCCCUAAGAUGAAGAGGGCGUUUGCCGGAGGAAGCAAACUGCUGAUCUGGGUGCUGUGCCUGAACCUCCAGUCCCGAGCGGAUCCGUGCCCCGGGGCCUGCGUGUGCUACAGCGAGCCCAAGAUCACCACCAGCUGCCAGCAGCAGGGGCUGAGCGCCAUCCCCGCCGCCAUCCCGGCCCAGAGCCAGCGCAUCUUCCUCCACAACAACCACAUCACGCAGGUCGGGGCCGCCAGCUUCCGCUCCUGCCGCAACCUGACCAUCCUCUGGAUCCACUCCAACGCCAUCGGCGUCAUCGAGGCCGCGGCCUUCGCCGGCCUGGACAAGCUGGAGGAGCUGGACGUCAGCGACAACGUGAACCUGCGCGCCAUCGCGCCCGCCACCUUCCGCGGCCUGCGGCGCCUGCACACCCUGCACCUGGACCGCUGCGGCCUGCUGGAGCUGUCCCCCGGCCUCUUCCGCGGCCUCUUCUCCCUGCAGUACCUCUAUCUCCAGGACAACAACCUCCAGGCCCUCCAGGAUGACACCUUCCUGGACCUGGCCAACCUCACCUACCUGUUCCUGCACGACAACAGGAUCCGGAACCUGUCCGAGAACGUCUUCAGGGGCCUGGUCAACCUGGACCGGCUCCUGGUGCACCAGAACCAGGUGUCCCGGGUGCACCCCCGGGCCUUCCACGACCUGGGCAAAGUCAUGACCUUAUACCUGUUCAACAACAACCUGACGGUGCUGGCGGGGGAGACCAUGGCGCCGCUGGUGAACCUGCAGUACCUGCGGCUCAACGGGAACCCCUGGAUCUGCGACUGCCGCGCCAAGUCCCUGUGGAGCUGGUUCAAGCAGUUUAAGGGCUCCUCCUCGGACCUUGAGUGCCAUCUGCCCCUGCGCCUGGCCGGGAGGGACCUUAAAAGGCUGCACAGCGCCGACCUGGAGGGCUGCGUGGACCCCGUCAACCAGGUCCGCUCGGGGUCCAAGGCCAGGCACGGCAAAGGGCCCACCGUGGAGCCCCUGCCCGCGGGGCCCCACGACGGUCCUCUGAAAUGCUGCCAGCCGGAGGCGGACAAGUCUUUCAUGUACGAAGCCACCGGGCACGGGGGGCCCCCGUACGGCGGCCCUCCCGGCGGCAACGGCCGGAAGGACAAGGAGAACAUGUCCAAGCCCAAGAUGGCAGAGUCCGACCCUGCCAAAAACGCCAGCCAGAAGCACAUCAAUGACUCGCCCUUUGGGACUUUCCCCAGCAACGUGGAGGUCCCUCUGACCAACUUCCAGCCCGAUCUCCUGGAGCCCGGGGAGUCUUCCGUGGCUCCCCCUCGCCGGAGGCCCGGCUGCUCCCGAAAGAACCGGACCAAGGCCCAGUGCCGCCUGGGCCCCACGGGCAGCAGCGGCGCCGGCGGCGGCGGCAGCGGGAGCAGCGGCAGCGGCGGUCUUCUCGUACCUGCUCGGCCCGGCCUGGCCCUCGGCCUGGUUCUCCCCGUGCUCCUGUUCUGGACUUUGCCGUGGUCCUGUUAAUGGUUCCUAGGGCGGGAUAGCACCGGCCCAGUGUGGCCGGGGCAAACCGAGGCUGGGGCCACAGGGGACCGGAUGCCUUUAUAGAGAAACCCGGUGUAUAUAAAGUGCAUCCCUCCCCCCCAGGAGAAUUAAAAGGGAGGCUGCCGCCCUCUGUCCGCAGAGGGGUCAUUCUUGAAUGAGGUCAGGCACAAGAGGGGCUUCUGAGUAAUCCCCCUGAGCUGCCCCAGCCCCUGACUCCCAAGCCCUCGAGGAAAAAGUUCUCCCUUGCCGAAUGUCUCACACACACACACACACACACACACACACACACACACACACACAACAAAAAAAGACUCACCAGUUUCUAAGUUGGAAUCCUCCCGAACGACAUUGCAAGUUCCCGUUUGCCAAGGCGGCGCGCCCGCCGCUCUCCGGAAGCCCGUCUCUGAAUAUUGCUGUCCGCCAUCCCCAUCUCUCAUGCCAUGUUUACAGGGGGCAUCGGUUCCAGAAUGCUGCUUCCUACUCAGACUGCAGUCUAUAUAAAAAUAUACAUUUUAUUUUCCUUGUGUCAAAGUAUAAAAAAAUAUAAAAUAAAGAUUUCCUUUUCCUA